AAAUUAAGCUCAAGAUUUCAUUUUUGAGUAUUUCCUUAUUCAAAUUGUGAAUCAGACAAAAAUGUCCAGUAAAUGUGAAAUAUAUUUAACAAAAACCUUUUAUAAAAAUCUUUUUUGCGAGUUUCCUGAAUUCAAAGUGCAACGAAAUAUUUACAAAUAGUAAAAAAAUGCAUGUAAAUCAACACAACGCAGGUUUUGUGAGCUGCUGCUGGCGUGAGCUUCUCACAGAGAGCUGCUGGGAUUUUGUCGUCACACCGCGCUCGGAAACUCGCUUACAUGUGCGUUUCAAGCUUCUGCGUUACGACCCUUUUGGGGCUGUACAUACAAUACGCAGCUAUUGGACGCACGUUACCAGCUAAUCCAGGUCAAACUUUGACCAAUCAGCGACUCAAAUUUGAUAGAAACUGGCCGAAUUCCGCAGUUUCAUCUGGUCAGCUCAGACACGGAGACGAGCCUGACGACGUCUGCGUCUGUUUUUCAAAUAAACUCUCCUGAUUUAUUCAUAACCUAAUCCACCAUUGCCAGGGCGCCGUAGAUGAACCGAACAGUUUUCCGUGUCGCACCCAACAUGCAAUGAUUUGCACCGCUUUGAUAUUUUGCACCAUCCUCUUCCAACUGUAGGUGGCGGACAUGUGCUAGUAAAGAGUUAAAAAAAAGAGGAAGAAGCCCCUCCCUGCUUGUCCAGUGUAAACACUUUGGGCUAAACGAGCGUUCAAGAAUGCACGUUAAAUGCCAGAUGUGUACGGAGCUAAACAGAUUUUGGAGCGUGGGAUUUGUUGCUCCAAGUCUAGGGGGGCAAAGCCAAACUAGAAAAGUUUCCUCCUUCAGGAACAAGCUCCUCUUUGCUAGUUUCCAUUUGAACGUCUGCACGUUGCGAGAUGCGGACAGGCUGACCGUAGUCCGAACAAUGGAAGCCCAGGAAUCCAAAGAUGAAUUCUAAUUAAUUCAUGAUUUGUAUUGUUUUUUGGAGGUAGAUUGUAAAUGGGCGUGGCUCCGGCAUGCAGCUCCACCUCAACCUCAGCGUCCUCUGGGACGCCGGCUCACUCGUCUGUCUUUUCCUGGAAGCGUUUGCUUCCUGUCAGUCGGCCGUGUGACGGACGGCGCUGCUUGGCUGUCGUAGAAGCCGUUCCACUUCACUCUUCCUUCCAACCUGUGUGUGUGCUUGGGUUUUAGUGCACGUUUGUGCGCCUGUGUGUGUGACAUCGACUCGUUUCUGCGCACACAACUAGAAUGCAGAAAGAAAAUCUGUAGAAAUCCACGAGUGAACUUCCUGUUCUGUCAGUUUUCUCCUAAGGAAUAACCCAGUUCUCCUGAAAUGUGUUUAUUUUGGAGUCGUGUAGUUGUUUAAAAAAAAAAAAAAAAGCGUAACAAGAGGGGGUUAUGGGUAAAAUGAGCAACUCUUCCUUCAUUCAUUAAUGGCAGUGCUAUUAAUUAUGCAUGGGGGCUGGUUUUCUCCUUCUCUCCUGCUUUGCUCCCUCCUUCAUUGGAAGCGUUCCCGUAUUGGAUAACCGAUUUUAGCCGAAGCAGCGAUGCUCCCAUGAUUCUCAGCUCUUUUUCUCCUUCCUCCACUCUCCCCUUUAUGUCCUACCCCCCCCUUACCCCGAGCUUAUUGCACCCGUUCUGCGGUCCUGAGUGACCUUCAGGGCUCAUUUCAUCCACCGAAUCGUUCAGGGAAUCCGUGAUUUUCAGGUUUUGAUAUGUGAGGGGCUGAAGGCGUCAGGAGAGCGAGGAUUUUUUAAAAAUUAUUAUUUUACAUUUGUUCUGUAAGGGCGUGGUGAGAAAGCGUCAGGACACUUGUGCAAGAAAAUGACUUUGAGGGAGAGCGCCGAGUCAGACGGGUGAAUACUGCAGCCUCAGCUGGAUGCAGGCUGCUCCCCCCCUCCUUCUCUGUGCGCACCUCCAGUCUUGAGCAUCCUCAUCGCUGCUAUAAAUAUCCGCAGGCUUGAGUGGAAAGCAGCAGACGGGCCGCAGGGAGGAGCAGAGGACAGAGGGAGGGGAUUUGGCGAGGAGACGGCAAGCUCACAACAAUUACCGAGGGGAGGACAUCCAGAAGUUUUUUUUUUUUAUAUAUAUAGAGAUUUUUUGGACUUCAAAAGGCCUCCAUGACAUCCAUCCCGGUUAGAUUCCCGCUGGAGCCGCGCCCUUACAUGCGCCUCCCGCUCAGCCCGGGCCGCUGACAUGCGGGCCGGUGUGGGCCGGGCCCGGGGCGGAGCUGGGAUGUCAUGCUCCUCUGCUGCUGGUGGUGCCUGCGGCCUGAGGCGGUGGAGCUGGACUCCCGGAGGGUGGAGCACCACGUGCUGAGCUGCGAGGCGCCCGCCUCCACCAUCGCGGCCGUGUCCUUCGAGCGCUGGGACGCGCAGGCGGGCGGCGGCGCUCUGCCUCAGAGGUCCGCUACUUGCUGCAGUGUGAAGAAUUCCAGCUACAGUCUGCCGUCCUACCACCCCUACACCAACAGCUACGACUACUCCGACCAGAGCAGACCCAGCGAGCGCUCAGGACUCUGUGGAUUAUCCAACUUAGGGAACACCUGCUUUAUGAACUCUGCUGUGCAGUGUUUAAGCAACACUCCUCCGCUGACGGACUACUUCCUCAAAGACAAGUACACAGACGAGUUGAAUGAGGACAACCCGCUGGGAAUGAAGGGGGAGAUCGCCCGAGUCUACGCCGAACUCAUCAAACAGCUGUGGUCGGGCAAGUACAGCUACGUCACCCCGAGACCCUUUAAGACGCAGGUGGGCCGCUUUGCGCCACAGUUCUCCGGCUACCAGCAGCAGGACUCCCACGAACUCCUCGCCUUCCUCCUGGACGGCCUUCACGAGGAUUUGAACCGCAUCAGGAAGAAGCCAUACAUCCAGCUAAAGGACGCGAACGGGCGACCCGAUAAGGUCGUGGCCGAAGAGGCGUGGGAGAACCACAUCAAGAGGAACGACUCCAUCAUCGUGGACAUUUUUCACGGCCUGUUCAAGUCCACCCUCGUUUGUCCCGUGUGCGCCAAAGUCUCCGUGACCUUUGACCCCUUCUGCUACCUGACGCUGCCCCUCCCCAUGAAGAAGGAGCGGACCCUGGAGGUCUACCUGGUCAGACUAGACCCGGUGGCCAAACCCACGCAGUACAAGCUGACCGUGCCAAAGGUGGGCUGCAUCUCUGACCUUUGCACCGCCCUCUCCAACCUGUCCGGAGUGCCUGCUGAGAAGAUGAUCGUCACCGAUAUUUACAACCAUCGCUUCCACCGGAUCUUUGCCACCAACGAAAACCUCAGCAGCAUCAUGGAGAGAGACGAUAUUUAUGUUUUCGAGGUGGCGGUGAACAGAGUAGAAGACACGGACCACGUCGUGAUCCCGGUCCACCUGAGGGAGAAGUACAAGCAGUCGGGCUACAACCACACCAGCACGCCGCUGUUCGGCCAGCCUUUCCUCAUCGCCGUGCCCAGAACUCUGAGCGAGGACAAACUCUACAACAUGCUGCUGCUGCGCCUCUAUCGAUUUGUGCGAUCUUCUGUGGAGGAAGACGAGGACGACUGUGAGGAAACGCAGCCAUCCAAACCGCACACCGUCAAUGGCAACGCCACCAACGGGCUGCUGGAGGAGGGGUCACCAAGCGAGAUGGAGACCGACGAGCAGGACGACGAGUCCAGCCAGGACCAGGAGCUGCCGUCCGAGAACGACAACAGCCAGUCGGAGGACUCUGUGGGUGGGGACAACGAGCUGGAGAACGGCGUGGUCGGCCAUCAGAUCUCCAGCAAGGGUCAGCAGCCGGUCGGGCACAACAGGAAGAGACUUUUCACAUUCCAGUUCAACAACAUGGGCAAGACGGACUUCUCUCUCAUCAAGGAGGACAGCAGACAAAUCCGCUUUGACGAAGGUCACCUCAGGCUCAGCGACCGUUCUUAUCUCUCUUUGGACUGGGAGCCAGAAGUGAAGAAGAAAUAUUUUGAUGAAACGAUUGUCGAGGACUUUGACAAACACGAGAGCAUGGAGUACAAGCCUCAGAAGAAAGCUUUCUUCAAGCUGAAAGACUGCAUCGACCUGUUCACCACCAAGGAGAAGCUGGGAGCCGACGACCCGUGGUACUGUCCAAACUGCAAACAGCACCAACAGGCUACCAAGAAGCUGGACUUGUGGUCUCUGCCACCAGUGCUGGUGGUCCAUCUGAAACGUUUUUCCUACAGUCGCUACAUGAGGGACAAACUAGACUCGCUGGUUGACUUCCCACUCAGAGACUUGGACAUGUCUGAAUUCCUGAUCAAUCCCAACGCCGGGCCAUGCCGCUACGACCUCAUCGCUGUCUCCAACCACUACGGAGGGAUGGGAGGAGGCCACUACACCGCUUAUGCUAAAAACAAAGACGACGGAAAGUGGUACAACUUUGAUGACAGCAGCGUGUCCCCUGCUAGUGAAGAUCAGAUCGUGUCCAAAGCGGCGUAUGUGUUGUUCUAUCAGCGCCAAGACACGGUUAAAGGCACCGGCUACUUCGCCCUUGACCGUGAGGAGGAGGAGGAAGACGACGAAGAGGAGGAGGAGGAGGAGGAUGAAGUUGAAGAUGUAGAAAAUGAGACUGGGGAGAAGCUGGAGAGGAAAACCGUCUCCUCCGGUCAUGGGGCUUCAUCCGCCGCCUGCACCUCCACCCAGAGCGACGAGGAGGACCUGAAUGAGAACAGGCAAAGGAAAAAUGACAACGACCAGGCGGACGAUGAAGAGGAGGAGGAGGAUGAAGAGGAGGAGGAGGAGCAGGUACCUAACAGGGACGUAACGAUGAAAACCAACUGAGUAAAGCGGAUGCUGAGGAAUGGAAAGGUUCCACCUCUAGAGACAGGACGGCUCAGACCGGUGCCGCCAGGAGGCCGCCGGGAGGGAUGGCACCUCACCGACAUCAGGCCCUCCUCUGUGGGUGGAUCCCCGAGAGGGCGACGCCCCCUUUCGUUCACGCAGACAUCGCUCAUCGACUUUUUUUAAAUCCCAGCCAUCAUAUCCUUUUAAGAUUUUGUUUUUUGUAAAUAUUUUAGACACUGAAGUUUUUAAUGAACUUGCACAAUCACCAACCAUUUAAAAAAAGAAAAGGAAAAAAAGUGUUCAUGCCAGACGUACUGCAGUUGUUUCCGGACAACGUGAGGAGCUUUUCGAGGUGUGGAUCCCGACUCGUCGUGUUUUAGAAGCCGUCUAAAGCCAAACUGUCCAGGGUUCGUGUUUGUGCUGCUGCUGCUGCUGCUGCUGUGAUCUUGCGUUUUUAGGAAGAUUACCAGUAUCCUGGUGUCCGCCUUAAGCAUCGCCCCGCCCCUCCCCCCUUAAUCCACACAGCCCCGCCCUCGAGGCUGCUUCAAAGCAAUCUUUGUGUUUCCGACUGGCGCUGGGAUGAAAGUCUGCGGCAUCUGCAGCGUCUUCGGUUUAGAGAACAUCGCUCGUUUGGAUCACCUCGGCCUUAACUCCAACCCCCAGCUGCAGUUUUCUUUUUUUUGUUCUCAACACAAACGAGCUUCUCGUAGGAAUGUCACACCCACACGAGGGCCAGAAUGUACGCCGAGUGGACUCAGAGACCGCGUGUAUAUGACCGAUGCCUUUUUAAAAAAACAAAACAAAAACGUUUGCUUCGUUUUUCUUCUUGCUUCUUUUUUUUAGGGUGAAUGUGUGUUUUUUUGCGUUUGCGGACUGAAUCAAUCUGUGCGUCAAAACACUCGCCCUAAGUCGCCCUAAAAGGGUUUCUUUAGCUUUCAGGAUCACGAGACGGCGAGAACACCCGCAGACGGGGUUUUUCCAUCAACUCAUGCUAACGUUUUUUUCAUUUCCUGCGCGUUUUCUCGCCAGCACCGGAUGCCUCAGGCGUUCAGCUCCACAGACGUCUACCAUGCCUUCAACGUCGGGGCUCCGCCGGCUCAGUGCUGCCUUGCUUUUAGGCCGAAUUCCCCCCCCCCCGUCCCCGUCUGUCCGAGUGAGACGCGAUCGCUACUCAUACGAUAUUGUACAGAAGAGUUCACUCUGUGAGUGCACAUUUGAUAAAGUUUAUUUAUUUAUAUGUAAGCAUUUCUUAAUGAACAAUAUAUUUAAAACCUUGGCAAGACCCCGGACCGUCUGGAGAGCAUUCUCACCGUCUUGCCAGGGAGGGAAUAUUUUUUAAGAGAAAGGUUCUGCUGUUUGGGGACUGUGUUCUUUUGUAAAAAAGAAAAACUAAUAAUAAUAAUAAUUAAAUCAAUGCAAACAUCCUUGCAUGAUGAUAUAUUGGGGUUUGCAGGUGUGGCUGCACUUGAGUUCACUUGGGUUUACAUUACAAAUGUGCAUGUGUAUUUAUACACAAUCUUCAAUAAAGUUGUGUAAAGCUUCCUGCAGCGGCAGCUUGAGAGGA